AAAUUGUGUGUUUCUAAAAAAUUCUUCCACAAUAUUAGCAUUACAUAAUGAAGGCCAUGAUAAGAUCAUUAUUCCACAACAGUUUGAAGAAGUUUUGUUUUUGAAGAUGUAGGCAAAAGUGCCUUUUCCCAAUUAAACAAUAUGUUAAUUAACCUGUGAAGUUUGUGUGAUUCGCUGCGCGCGUCUGAUCGCAUCAAUCCGCUAAUUGUCGUCGUGUCGACUUAAAGAGUCAUUUCCCACAAAAGGGAAUCUAAUUAUUUUCUUUUCACUUACACAUUAUCCGCCAACAUCACCUUAUUCGCACCCGGGUGGCAAGCGCGCGUCCGUCCUGUGCGCAGGCGCGCGUCUCUUUGAACCUCGCGCUCGUAAAGUUCUGGGGUAUAAAAGCGCCGUUCUGCCACACUGGCUGGAAAAGCUGAACGGGGAUAUGGCGCAGGUUGAUGUCGAUGUGUUCACGGCGAAAGUUCUGUCCCAGUGGGACUGGAGCGGCGAGGACAGGACGUUUGGAGACUGCAGCGCGUCCUCGCCGGAGUCCGAGUCCUUCGACUCCGUGUGCUCGUCACCGGACGCGCGCUCCAGCAGCGGAGGAUGUGAAGCGUACGGACGCAAACACUGCGAGCAGCAGAAGCCCAAAGUGAAGAUGAGCGUGAAGAGGAGGAUGAAGGCCAGCGAGCGCGAGAAGCUGCGCAUGCGGAGUCUGGCGGAGGCGCUGCAUCAGCUCCGGGAUUACCUGCCGCCGGUGUACAGCAGGAGAGGACAGCCGCUCACCAAGAUCCAGACCCUCAAAUACACCAUCCAGUACAUCAAAGAACUCUCCAGCAUCCUCGAGCAGCAGGACGGACACGCGCGGGGCUGAUGGGAGCAGAAGAACCGAAGAACUGCUCUUAAAGGAACCAUUUUUUCUUAGUGUGAAGAACACUUUCCCACUAUUAACAACCUUCUGUGCAAUGGAAAGAUGUUAAAAGACCUUUGUGGAAUCAUCCAGCUGACAGGAAACCUUCCCACAACGUUCGUUUAAAUGUAAUUGUUUAAAUAACAUAAUCUCUUAAAGGGACAGUGCACCAAAAAAAAUAAAAAAUAAAAAAAUAAUAUAAUUCUGUCAUUUACUCACCCUCGAGUUGUUCCAAACAUAUAUGAAUUUCUUUGUUCUGCUGAACACAAAAGAAGAUAUUUUGAAGAAUAUGGGUAACCAAACAGUUGAUGAACCCCAUUGACUUCCAUUAAAAAGUCAUUGGUGCCCAAAAACGGUUUGGUUACCCAUAUUCUUCAAAAAAUAUCUUCUUUUGUGUUCAGGUUUGGAACAACUGGAGGAAAAUGACAGAAUUUUUUUUUUUUUUUUUGGUGAACUGUCCCUUUAAGGUUGUGAGAAAAACGUUCAGAGAACAUUUUUAGAACAUCCUUAUAAUGUUAUUUGUACUUGACGAAUGUUAACGUUAACCUUGGAAUAUUACAAAUGAAUGUUCAAAGAGUAAAAGGUUUGGAGAGUGUUGUACUAUAACGUUUCAAACAACGUUUGAAUCACAACGUUUUAAAAACAUUGCAAAUCAACGUUUUUAGAACAUGCAUUCGAUGCCGAUAGAGAAUCUUUAUUUUUACAGCUGAUUUUGAUUUUAGGCUGCUGUUGUACAGACUUUAUUUUUUCUGUUUGUUGUUUAUCCACUCUCAUGUUUUUAUGAUGUAAAUAUUUCUUGCUGAAGCUCGAGUGGAGUGUCUCUGUCUAAUAUUAAGAGUUAAAAUUUAAAAUAGCUGAAUAAACGUCUUGUUCUUGUUGAUAACUGUUUUAUUAUGUCAAGAUUUUUGAAACUAAAAUGUUAAAAUAUAGGUGCUUUUGCUUUAGUUUUUUUUUUAUUAUUAAGAAAACCAAAAAUAUUACAACAAAAUGGCAUUCAGUUUACUCUUACUCUAUAACAAGGGCUUAGACACAAAAAGAAAUAUAUAUAAAAAAAUCAAUUUUGACAGAAUUUUCAUUUUUGGGUGCACUGUCCCUUUAACGUUGUGAGAAAACGUUUUUAGAACAUCCUUAUAAUGUUAUUUGUAUUUGACGAAUGUUAACGUUAACCUUAAAUUAACAUUAUAUUACAAAUGAAUGUUCAAAGAGUAAAAGGUUAGGAGAAUGUUGUACUAUAACAUUUCAAACAACGUUCAAAUCGCUGUUCGCACAACGUUUUUAGAACAUGCAUUCGAUGCCGAUAAAGAAUCUUUAUUUUUACAGCUGAUUUUGAUUUUAGGGUGCUGUUGUACAGACUUUAUUUUUUCUGUUUGUUUGUUUGUUUGUUUGUUUGUUUGUUGUUUAUCCACUCUCAUGUUUUUAUGAUGUAAAUAUAAUUUGCUGAAGCUCGAGUGGAGUGUCUCUGUCUAAUAUUAAGAGUUAAAAUUUAAAAUAGCUGAAUAAACGUCUUGUUCGUGUUGAUAACUGCUUUUUUUUACUUUGUCAAGA